UGAUCCUGUCGCGGUGCCGGUGUCACGUGACACGCGCGGUGCCCAUGUCCCGCAAGCAGGCGGCCAGGGCCCGGCCCGCCGCCAGCGCCAGGAAGGGCCGGCGGCCGCGGCAUCCCCCCGCCGGCCCCGGCACCGCGCCCGGCGGCAGCGGCGGCCUCGCCGGGCAGCUCCGGGCCCUCGGCCUCAAGCUGCGGGAGGUGCCGGGAGAUGGCAACUGCUUGUUCCGGGCGCUGGGGGACCAGCUGGAGGGGCACGGCCGGAACCACCUGCGGCACCGCCGGGAGACCGUGGAGUUCAUGGUGCGGCAGCGCGGGGACUUCGAGCCCUUCGUGGAGGACGAUGUGCCCUUCGACAAGCACGUUGCCAACUUGGCCCAGCCUGGUACUUUUGCUGGCAACGAUGCUAUUGUGGCCUUUGCAAGGAACAAUCAGAUGAAUGUGGUUAUUCAUCAGCUCAACACUCCACUGUGGCAGAUCCGUGGCACAGACAGGAGCGAUGCCAGGGAGCUGCACAUCGCCUACAGGCACGGGGAGCACUACGACAGCGUCCGCAGGAUCAGCGACGACUCGGAGGCUCCGGCCUGCCUGCGGAUGGAGAUGCUUUGCAAGAACGAUUUGAAUAAGGCAGAGGAAGUGAAGCCACAGAAGGGCAGCUCUGAAGAUGAGACUGAAGUGGAUGUGGAAGAUGCUGUACAAAAAGUUUGCAACGCAACUGGGUGUUCAGACAUUGAUUUGGUAAGCCAUGUUCUGGAAGUGGAGGACUACAACGUGGAAUCUGCAAUAUUUGCCCUCUUGCAGGUGAAGGAAGGGGAAGAAAUGGGUACUGAGGAGCAGCAGGAGCCCCUGGGCAUGGAGCAGAAAUCCUGCAGCGGGACACUGUGGGAAGAGAAUGGAACUGGUUCAAGAAUCUUUGGAAAUCAGAGCUUGCAUCAAGGUGAAGCAGAAAGCGACAAGGGACAAGCUGGAUCCAGGGAAGAGAAGCGACCCGGCAGAAACCCAAAGGCAGCCAAGAAGCAAAGGAAGGAGCAGCAGCGGCUGGAGAAGAAGAAGCGGCAGGAGGAGAGGCACCGGCAGAAGGUCCUGGCCACCAAGAGGGACAGUGCAGACACCAGCACAGAGACAGACCCGGCCAACCACGUCACCCUGGUGAGGGCCAUGGCAGCCCUCAACAUAUGACUCAGUGCUCUGCUGAGAAAAGCAAAUAAACCUGGGGAAGACAAAAUCCCCCCGGGAGAAUUCCCAGGCACCCAUGGUUAUCUUGAAAUCCAUCUCUGCUGGGGUUUCCAAGCACGAGAGAACUUCCUCUUCCUUUGCUUGUGAGGAGGACAAUUGCUCAUUGAUUCUGCAGCAGCCUGGGGUGAGAAGAGUUGUUUAAACUUAACAGGAAAUAGAGACUUGGGUCUGUAAUCUUGGAGUUAGAUGAAAGUGAGAACCUUUUCUUCACACAACGGUGUCAGAUUUAUUUUGACAUAUCUUGAUGUGCCUGUUUGGUUUUUUUUCUCUUCUUUUAUUUGGUUAUGCCUGGAGGAGCAUAUUAUUUUACCUUGCUGUCAGGGAAAGCUUAACAAAUCUCAGCUCAGGAAUAUCUCUGGUGGGUCUUUUUCUAUUUAAAUUCAAAUAAAGUAAGGGAACAGAUCCCAGAAUCCUUUUCCAAAGCAAA